UAUAUUGUCCGGUGAUCGGAAAACGGUUUUUGUGCACCUCGAAGUGUUCGUUGUUUUUUGCUUUUUAUCUCUUUGUUCUGGCUUUAUCGUCUCAUAAACCAACCUGUCUGUUUCGUCUAACGCUAAUUUCGUUGCGUGUGCUGUGUCACUUGUUAUAUGUCGACGACGCUACGACAACCUAGGACGACCGAUCUUCGUCUUCUCGCGCGUACCUGCAACAAUGUCAAGUAUGUCGACGCUGAUUUGGUGAUGGCAGAACGCAGAGGAUGUCACGCCGCAAGCAGAGCAACCCAAAACCAUUGAAACGGGAGGAUGAGGAAUGGAGCGACUCGGAGAAGACGCCUUCGGUGAGCAGCGGAGUGGAGGGCGGUGGAUCGGCAGUUUCCAGCCCGAUCGCGCCGGUCGUCGAGGAAGAAUCGAGUUUGCCGCCACCGCCGAGACUGAAUCCCCCUUCCUCGUCCGUUGCGAUCGCGAAUUCGACCGCUGAGGAUAUCAGAUUGAGGCUCAGCGUGCUCUCCGAAGACGCUCGGAAACGACUGGCUAGUCUUACCGAAGAUAUCGAGGUUGCGAGAAGCUUGAGAGACAGACAUGUCAACCCGAGACCCAAUCAGACGCGAGAAUCGAGUCCGAAGGACACGGACGAGGAAUCUGUCAUGGCCGUGGUUAAGGAGGAAGACUGUCAGCCGAGGUCGUCGUCCUCUUCGUCAUCCUCGACCAGAAGACGGGAAUCCAUGUGCAGGAGAGACUCGGAGGACUCCUCGAGGCGGUCGAACACGGACAAUCCACCGUCCGAGAAGAAGCUGAAACUCGACGACGAAGCUGCACCAAGACUGAGACUCAAUGCUAGUCUGGCGACGGAUCCUGCACUCCGCCCCGCCGCCGUAGCCGCACUUACCGUCAAGCCGGAAAAUACCUCGCCACCGAAUCCUGUGCCACCUUUGCCGGCUGGACUUCAGAAUGCGAUCGCGUCAGGUAGGCUGUUCGUGCUGCCAACCGAUGGCAAGGAGACCAUCACCGUAGAGCCUGCCAGGCCGGCGCCACUGUUCUGCCCUCCGUGCGGCAUCCGCUUCAGCUCAGCGAGCACACUCGAGGCCCAUCGCACCUUCUACUGCGCCCAUCGUCCCCGGCUGGAAGAGGACACCACCAACGAAGAGGACGAGGAGAAGACGAACAAGUUCGAGGUGAGGAAGGCCUACGCCUGUCCUCACUGCUCGUACAGUGCGGACAAGAAGGUGUCGUUGAACAGACACAUGAGGAUGCACGCCGCGUCCCCGGCACCACCCACGAUACCAACCGCGCCAGCCAUAGCUACCACCCCAGGCAGUGGCGCGGCUACAGCCUCGAAUGGAUCUCUGAACGAGGAGGCAGAGAGAUACUGCAGAAACUGCGACAUCCGAUUCAGCUCUCUGAAGACGUAUAGAGCGCACAAAACGCACUAUUGCAGCACCAGGCACGUGGUGAAGGAUACGCCACCGGCGGCUACCGUAGCCUCUUCGUCGGUGAAAGCUUCACCGCCGACGAGCGCGAGUCCUGGAGAGUCGCCACCUCCUCAGCCUUGCUUGGCGCUGCCCACCAACCCGAUCUUGAUCGUCCCGUACUCUUUGUUCCGCGGAGCCAGCGUCCUGGCGGCGCCGACUUUGCCUGCCCCUGACACUGCGUGCUUCCUACUACCGAAUGGUCAUCUUCAACCGAUGACGAGAGGUCUCACCACGACACCGCAGAAUACCGUGGUCGAGCCUCCGCCGGUUCUUCGAGCAGCGAACAAACCAACGACGCCAGCGUCCAUCGUGGCAUCGUCCACGUCGCCAUCUGGUUCAGCGCCGCUAGACUUGAGCAUAAGAAAGUCACCAGCUCAUCAGGACGAGAAAGAGAACAGGGUGUCGCCGGCUCCCUCUUCCCUACCUCCACCACCUGGUAGUCCGAGAUCCAGAGGAAGCGGAAGUCCCAGGGCAAGGUCCAUUGGCUCCGCUCCCACGGCAGCCGGAACCGUUGCACCUCCACCGCCGACGGAAUUAGCUCUAAGACUGGCCGAACUUCCGCCACCGCCUGUUCCUGGCGUCCUCGUGAAGCAGGGUGUCUCGAGAUGCAAAGAAUGCAACAUCGUAUUCUGCCGACACGAAAACUUCGUCGCACAUAAGAAACAUUAUUGCCAAGCAAGAGAAACGACCGUCAGCAACAGUCCUCCGCCACCUGGUACACCCUCGCCUCCUCUGGUUCAGUUAAUCUGCGCUGCGUGCGGUAUCAAGUUCGCCUCCAUGGAUAAUCUGGCAGCUCAUCAAGCGUUUUACUGUCCCAAAAGGCCGGAACCUCAGGAACAUCAUUCGCGAUGCUCGAAAUGCAAAACUAUAAUCGAACCUGGAGGCACACAUACCUGUACCAGCGGGCCGACCGGGGGUUGGAGAUGCCCUGUCUGCGGUGCAGUUAGUCCGACAGCUGGAGCAGCUCAACGUCACAUGGAUGCGCAUCAGGGCGUCAAGGCUUUCCGGUGUACGAUCUGUCGUUACAAAGGAAAUACGUUGCGUGGCAUGAGAACGCAUAUCAAAAUGCAUUUUGAGAAACGCGGGACCGAUCUGCAGGAAGAAAAUUACAUAACGUGCGUACUUGAUGACGAAACGGUUCUGCCUACCCCAGAACCUGCUCCAGCUACCACUCCCGAAGAAAUCCCGGGUGAGGUGCAAGUAAACGGAAAGACCGAAGUUCGAAAAAGUCCGCAGCCACCGCCACCCCCGCCUCCGCCAUCACCGACGGUGGCCAACAAGGUAAAGCAAGAACGCGAGGAUACACCACCUCCCGAGGAAAGUUUGGAUCCGAACAAGAGCGGUCCGCGUUACUGCAGGUCAUGCGACAUCAGCUUCAAUUAUUUGAGCACGUUCAUAGCUCACAAGAAAUUCUAUUGUUCGAGUCAUGCCGGCGAGGCAAGCAACAACAACAACAAUAAUAAUAAUAACAAUUCGACAAGCCAUGCGACAACGCCUCCAAGCAGCCGAACCGAGGCGUCGGUACUUUAAAAAGACUCUCAGAACAAGACAACUGAUGGGACUGUUAAUUGUUGCCAGUUUAUAUAUAAUAUAAUUGCCGACUAUCCGAUUUAGUUGACUACCGUUGUGUGAUUUCUGUUGAUCCAGGGAAUUGUUUGUACUUAUAAAUUGAGUUAUCCGACAUGUACAUACGCGAUGCGUGAACGGACAUAAAGGAGGAACUGCGUUAAACAUAAAGAAUGUUAGUAGCAGUAAGAGAAGGUUAGACGAUCGUGACGACGUUUGAUAGUUCGCUUUGGAUCAAUUGGACGGAAAUAAAGAUUGGGUAUUAGAAGAGAAAGUCACGUGAAAUAUACCAAAGUGAAACUGUCAAAUGGUAAUAUAGACCCAUGUAUGAAAGGGAUCGUAGUUGCAGCUAAAUUCAUGGUGCAGCUGAUCUCAUGCGCCACGAUCGACUGAUACAAAAGGUGUGCAAUCUCAUGACUCUCCAAUAAUCUCGUAGUUGUAACUGAUAAUCGACACAUACCUAAGGAAUUACGGAAAAGUAAUGAUGAGUGUAAAAUGUUGUACAGUAGCCGAGUAGAGUAUUACGGUACGAUAUAGUAAUAAUCUUGAAUGAUACCAAUUCCCAGCUUGUGAAAACGCUAAGUUGCAAUAUGACACUUAAUAUAUUAUAUAUAAAUAAAUAUAGAUAUAAAUAAAUGAUGUCAUUGUCCAUAAGUCGCGCUCAUAUUCUCGACGAGUAAGUACGUUGAUAACUGUAUCCAGACUGCCAUAAGAAAGAAAGAUCGGAGUCGUUUCCUAUCGCUUUGCCAACAGUCUCGUGUGUAUAAUAGCGAGAAAUUAAAAAUAAAUCAAUGGCCCCUAGUAUUUCUCUUCGAAUUCCGGAUACGGUGUAAUUGGAUCCUUACCAACGCAUUUGCUUCGUUAUAUUGCAAUCAAAAAAAAAAAAGCAUCGCCUGUACUUGUAUACAAGUAACGGAAUCGUUGCGAGCGCGUAAAUGUAAAAAUUAGAAUUAAGGCCAGUGUUACACGUAUACGCAGCGUAAUAUUCAUAUCACAUAACGAGUUCGUUAAAGGCAUGGAUUUCUUCGCGUGUGAACGUCCGACGAUGAGAGAGAAAGAAUGAGUGAGUAAAUGAUUGAGAAAGAGAGAGAGAGAGAGAGAGAGAGAGAGAGAGAGAGAGAGAGAGUGCGAGAAAGAAAGAAAUACGCGAAUGUUGUAAUCCAAACGUUGUCCGAUAUGGAACGAUACGACAACGUUUUCGAAAAAUCACACUUAUAUAAAAAUUGUUUUCGUAUUUUGGCGAGUAGUAUAGUCAGAUAAAACGCGAAUGUUCGCAGAUACUUUUAUAAAAGUAAUUGUUAUGUUAUUUACAGGCCUCCUGCUAAUUGCUGUCUAAAGGAAAGCAAGAUUCACGAUAUUCCAUUACAAAAUAAAUACGAAAGAUUUGAUAACACAUCACG